AUGAAGAAGUGGGAAGAGUACUCAAACGUGGAAGGGCAGAGGGAAACAAAUGAUGCCAAGACUGAAGAAAGAGAGGGAGCUGGGAACAAGGAGAAGGAAUUGGCGCGUAAGGACAGGGUGCAAUUGAAAUUGCUAAAGGAGAUUUGCACUGUCUCGAAGAGUGCCCAUUACCAACACUGGUGCUUUCAUCGAGUCUUCACCAUGAAGAACGAGGAGAUCGCAGCUAUAUUGCAGGCCUUGGACCUCAAGUGGGAGCAACGUUCGGAGUCGCAGCUGGAGCAUUUCAAGGUGCUUUUGGAGCAGCACACGAAGAAGACAGAAGAGACACUCUCUAAGGUACCUUCAUUGUCAUCUCCGAUCAUGGGCGGAGACGGGAGUGUUGUGCGUGACUCAGGUCGCUCGGGGGGCAGGCGCUCGGAUACUGAAACGGAUAACAGAGACGUGAAUUCAAUACUCAAAACUCUGAGAGUCAAGGUUCCCAGAUUCGAUGGUUCGAAUGUGGAGGACUGGGUUUAUAAGAUCAACAAGUUUUUUGAUCUUCAUCGUGUGGAACUGACUAUGAGACUUUCUAUUGUUGCCUUUCAUUUGGACGGGGUACCAUCGACUUGGUUCCAAUGGAUGGAGAAGGGGGGGUCGUUUUCAGAUUGGGAGGCAUUUCUUCGAGCAUUACAGCUGUGCUUUGGAGCCUCCAUUUAUGAUGACCCAUUGGGAAGGAUUUCAAAACUUACUCAGCUGGGCAAAGUGUCAGAUUAUCGUGUUGAAUUCGAAUCACUCAUGCCGCGGAUUACUGGAGUGCAGGAGUCUAUGUUUUUGAAUUUUUUCAUUUGGUGGUUGAAGCUGGAAAUUCGAAGGGAGUUGCUGAUGGUUAAACCAGUCGAUCUGGCUGAUGCUAUGGCGAAGGCUCAGUUAUUUGAGGAGCGUUACGACGACUUUACGACCUGUACUCGAAGUGACAUUGGGCGAUCUGGGUGGGCGUCUUGCACAGCGACUGGGUCUCACGGGUCACCAUCAUCCCUACAGGCAGCUCCCAAAACCAGUUCCAAUACUCACGGGUCUUCUAGUACUACAUCGAUACGAACGGGUACUCACUCUCUCCCUGUUAAACGGCUUACUCCAGCAGAGUUGAAGGAUAGGAGGGACCGUGGGGUAUGCUUUACGUGUGAUGAAAAAUUCAGUUAUGGACACAAAUGCAAGAAUCGAAUGCUUCUUUUAUGCCAAGAAGAUGAUGACUGUCAUGUUCUUAAGGAAGCUGAGAUGCAGGAGUUUGAGGAAGUAGGGAAGGAAGAAGCCACACACGGGAAGGAAACCUUAGAGGUCCUUGUGGAUACCGGAAGUAACAACAACUUCAUUCAAGAAUCGUUGGCUGCCCAACUGAAGCUUCCCUGUGAGGAUACAAGAAGAUUCAAAGUGUAUAUGGGAAAUGGUAACUUUUUGCUAUGUACAAAGAUAUGCAAGGAGGUUGAGCUGGUUCUGCAAGGCCACAAAUUCAUGGUGGAUUUGUAUGUAUUUCCUAUAUGCGGGUUGGAUGUUGUCUUGGGGAUGCAAUGGCUUCAGACUUUAGGGCCGUGUGUGCACGAUCAUAAAGCUCUCACCAUGGAAUUUAAUUGGCAGGGAAGUGUGGUGAAGUUGGCUGUGUUGGCUGAACCUACUUCUAAGGGUGCAGAAAUUACCAGCGUGGAAGCCAAACUGCCGAAGGAGGGACAUGGUUUACUUACUAAGUUUGCUGCAGUUUUUGAAGAGCCCAAGCAGCUUCCUCCUUACCGUGGUGUUGACCACAGAGUUUUUUUGCAGCUAAGUACUAAACCUAUCAAUGUCCGACCAUAUAGGUACCCGCAUUUUCAGAAGGAUGUUAUAGAAAAACUUGUCAAAGAGAUGAGUGAUGUGGGGUUCAUUCGACCAAGCACCAGCCCAUAUUCGUCUCCCGUGCUCUUGGUGAAAAAGAAAGACGGAACAUGGCGUUUCUGUGUGGACUAUCGGGUACUUAAUGGCAUCACUGUUAAGGACAGAUUUCCUAUUCCCACAAUUGAUGAAUUAUUGGAUGAGUUGGGGACAGCAGCGGUUUUCUCAAAAUUGGAUCUUCGCGCCGGGUACCAUCAAAUUAGAAUGGAUCGUUGA